GGCGAGGUUUAGCUGUACAAGACAAAAGAAAACGUUAAACGAAAACAAAAGCUGGGCUCCUUGGUCUCCUGUCCAGUUUUUGCUUAUAUCUAAGGCGAAAACAGUGGAAUCGGAAAUGAACGGGUUUCAGUCCAGUCCAGCGGACUGUCCGGCUGGAAGCGUCUGCUCUAUUGAAGGCUUGCCUCCGUUACCUAAAGGACUGAGCGGUAUCCUGAACUCGAGCGGAGGAUCCUGGAGGGACAUCGAGAAGGUCUACAGCAAGAGGACGCGCAUCCAGGCGGACAUCAGCAAGUCCAGAGUGAGCGACUGUCCUGACCGCAGUAAACCAGCGAGCCUUGACGCAGCGCUGGCCGUGCUGCGCAAAGAGAUGGUUGGACUUCGACAGUUAGACAUGUCACUGCUGUGUCAGUUGUGGUCUCUAUAUGAGUCCAUACAGGAAUACAAAGGAGCUUUCCAGGACAUCUCUUCUUCCCUGUGCGAGAGCUCCUUCAACACCGAAAAUGGUUAUUCUGAAGAUGAAGAGGAGGAAGAUGAAGAUGAACAUGAAAGAGAGAGUGGGGAGACGCUGUUGUCCCUUCCUCAGCCCACUCAAAACUCUCGAGACCAGUGGAUCAAAGACUCCUUCCACAUCCCCAUUUAAUUGAAGCAUGUGCUCUCUCAGCUGCAGUAUGGAUCUCAGUAUAGAUUCUGUAAGCAUCUAAAUGAAACAAGGCCUUUAUUUUUGUAGGAUACUAUUACAAUGGUGAUUGUAAGGUUGUUUCAAAGGAACUAUGAAAAACUCCCUUUUCACUGCUUGUGAAGUCAUAAAGACCGGAUGAGGAUUGACAGGAAGAGGAUGUUGUAACCAGAAGCAGUGUGGUCAAGGUUGUUUUUCUACAUAUGGUAAAUACAUCAAACAAAAGACAUGCCUUACACAGUAUUCUCUUUUGUGGUCACAAUUUCAUUAUAUUAUGUAGAUUCAUCAGAUGUAUAUUGUCACUUAUCGCUAUAUUUUCUCGAUCACCUUGUAU